CGUUAUCUGUGGAAUAUGAAUAAGGACGUGAAAAGGAGACCUCCCCUUUGGCUACAAAAUGUCCUUAAAUUGGAUGAAGAUUUUUCAAAAAAAAUUGUGAAUUGGGCAGACAGUUGGGCUCCACUGCAUUCAUUGAGGUUGCACUACAAAGCUUUAGAAAUCACGUGCCACGGAAUCCCAUGGUUAGCUUCCUGGAUAGCAUUCAUAUGGCUUUUCGACAAUCCCAGUUUAGUUCCUUUGCAGGUCAACGUGAUUUUCGCUUUAAUCCUGGAUAUUGUUUUCGUGGCAUUGCUGAAAGCUUAUUUCCGCCGCCGAAGACCGACCGAAAAUAUAAACGAUGCUUUUGCUGAAAUAGGACCGGAUCAAUACAGUUUUCCAUCAGGCCACUGUAGUCGCGCUGCGUUAAUUACCUUCAUUUUCAUGGGUCUGUGGCCCAUACCGAUAUGGUUCCAACCUUCACUGCUGGCUUGGACCGUUGCCAUUUGCAUAAGUCGCCUUCUGAUGAAGCGGCACAACCUCUUAGACGUGAUUGGAGGGAUUUUACUAGGCAUAGUUGAAGGUGCUAUAUUAAUGGCAAUAUGGAUUCCUGACGAGCAAGCUCGUUGGUUCGUGGGUUCAAUUACCCAUGCGAAGGAAGACGGGACGGAGUUAGAUUCUUAGAUUAGUACUUAUUUGUUUUUGUAAUAUAUGGUUUUAGUCGCAUCGCGACCAUUAUUUGAAGUAAAUGCAUCUCACCGCCGAACUACGAA